CACCCCCCCCCCCCCCCCCCCCUCCUACCCCCACCCCAUUCCCUCCAACUCGAAGAAACACAGAUCCCAAAAGAAAUGCGGAAGCUUAUUAUUCAUCGACUGCUCCCCCGCCGGCGAACCAAAGGUCCCAGAGCCGAUGAUCAGCGGCCAAUGCAUUAGACCCACUCCGAGAACCGAAGGGAAGGAUCGGAAAUUGAGUUGGAACAGUUCUGCUCAAAGCAGUAAAUUCGCAUUUACGUCUUCCAUCCUGGUUUUAUAACUUGAACAUGACCAAAACCUAUGACGGGAAUUCACAUAAUUGUACUUUUAAUGAAGAUUUUAAAUAUAUACUUCUUCCAGUAUCAUAUGGCAUUGUGUUUGCUGUAGGACUUGUCCUCAAUGCUCUUGCAAUAUGGGUCUUUGUAUUUCGGAUGAGACCGUGGAACAUUACAACCACCUAUAUGUUCAACCUAGCUCUCUCAGACAUCAUGUAUGAUAUAUCAUUGCCUCUGUUGAUCUAUUACUAUGCCAAACACAAUGACUGGCCAUUUGGGGCAGCUUUGUGUAAAAUUGUCCGAUUCCUGUUCUAUACCAACUUGUACUGCAGUAUUCUGUUUCUCACCUGUAUGAGCGUCUAUAGAUUCCUAGGGGUUUGCUUUCCAAUGCAGACACUGAGGUGGUCAAACCUGCGAUAUACCCGGAUACUGUGCAUCGUUAUUUGGAUUGUAGUGAUCAUAUUCCAGACACCGAUAUUUAUAUUUGUUAACGUUGAAACAACUGGUAACACUACCAUUUGUUACGAUACUUCAAACCAAAAAAACUUCAAUAAGUUUGUGAUCUACAGCGCUGUGCAGCUGGUGUUGCUUUUUUGUGGUCCUUUCACCAUAGUCAUGAUCUGCUAUGGGAUUACGGCGAAGAAACUCCUUCGUCCCAGUGACAUUCGGCCGGAAUAUGCCAGGUCCCGAAAAAAAUCCAUCAAGAUGAUUAUUACCGUGCUCACCGUUUUCGUCUUAUGCUUCUUACCUUUCCACAUCACGCGCUCCAUUUAUUAUUCCUCCAGGAGCCUUCAUGUCAGCUGCAGAACCCUCGACGCAGUCAACCUGGCCUACAAACUGACCAGACCCCUCGCCAGUGCAAAUAGUUGCCUUGAUCCCAUACUCUACGUCCUGGCUGGGCAGACGUACCGAAGUAAACUGGCGCGUAAGGGCAAUGGUGUGGAGAAAAAGAACAACCAACCUUCAGCCCAAAAGGCAACCAAUGAUACAGAAAUUGCAAGCUCUGUUCAAGCCACGGAAAUCAGGCUUGAGGAAAUAAAGCAAGGUGGAAGUAGCGAUGGUGUCUAAAGUCAUUCAAUAUUGCGGGCUGGUUUUAAAGGGGGUGAAUUUCAAGCGCUGGCUGGAAGUGGCAGCCUGUGGUCGAAUAUCAGUGGGCAACGCACUUGGAUGCCCCAUCGAAAUCAAGAUCUAACUUUCAAUUUUCACAUGGGCUGGUCAGUGAGAAAUUAACCUGGCCUGAAACAAGCUGAAGAUAACUUCAAUUGUGGCCCUACAAUGAUUGUAGGAACCCAGAUGUGAUGUUUAACUGCAAGAGGACAAGUGUUUACCAUACAUCACCCACAGAUUGGUACCAGACAUGGAGCGGCUCUAGUUUGUUGGUGACUGCUCAAAACUCGAUCUUUCAUUUUUUAAAAAUUGUUGUUGAGAUUAAGAGGAGGAUCAGGGAUCUCCCCAGUCUCCUGAAUGAACCCUAAUCCAUCGCAGGCUGACUCAGGACUCUUUCCACAGUCAUCCCUCACUCUUUGGCUUGACCCUAUGAACUCAACACCAAUCUUCUUCCAUUCCAGAACCUCCAAGCUGCAUCGAGGUAUCUUUACCUACUGGCCAGUAAGCAAAGAUAUGCACCGCAAAAUGACAUCAGGGCUUGUUUGACCCUGAAAUUGACUAGUGGUCGCCAAUAAUCUUGAAACCUUCAACAAAGGGGGUUGGCAGUAUAAUGGAGACACAAUGAACUGCAGAUGCUGGAAUCUUGAGUAGAACACACAGUGCUGGAGUAACUCAGUGGAUCAGGCAGCAUUUCUGGAGGGAAUGGACAGGCAACAAUGUUUCAGGUGUGGGCCCUUCUUCAGACCGAUUGAAAGAGGGUAGGCAUUUGGCCAAUCUAGUUCUAUACUGCAGCCUUACUCAUUCCACCUUACCCAAUGCUCAUCUUAAAUGCAGAGGUCUUUAUCACUGGAAAGCUACAUAUGCUAAUCCACAGUAGCACCUGUUUGCUGCAGGCAAGGGAAAUGCAACAAAUGAACUCUCAAGUACUUCUGGGAGUGAUUUCACCUUCAAAAAGUCUAAUCUCAUUCAAAUUCAAGUUAGAUAAACAAACCGAAAUGUUGCCUCGGAUCAAAUUUCACAUCCGCCAAUGUACUAACCCGGUAUUGAAUGUCUUACCUCUGUCAAUUUGCACGCAUGUUGCUUGGUGCAUUUAGCUGCGGUCCCAAUUGUGACAUUGAACAGAUUUUUUAAUAUGAGAGAUAUUUUCAAGGGUGCAUGUUCUGCGUUAUUUUAAUAAUUCCAAUGGGUCAAAACUGCCAUUGAAAUAGCUGGGGGUAGAAUUUCCUAUGAAUAUAUUUGUAUCUCUUCACAUCAUUUGGAUUUGAAGGCAUUUAAAAUAAUUGGAAAUGUUCUGUCUGGGGGUGGCUUUUUUGAAAAAAGUGCUGCCAAAUAUGCCAAUGUUUAAAGUAAACUUGAGGAGAUUUAAACAUUUCAUUUUGAUUGUGUACAUUUUUUGAUCUUCAUAAAUUUCCAUUGUUUGUUAUCUUGCGUUAAUUUUGUAUUUUAGUUCAAUGAAAAUGUAUGUAAGUAUAUCCUAUCUCAACCUGAAAUAUCAACUAACCAUUUGCCUCCACAGAUGCCACCCAUUGUGCUCAAUUCUGACACUAGUUUGUAUUUUACUCCAGACUACAGCACUUGUAAUUUCCUAUGUCUCCUUUCUAGACUUGCUGUGACCAGUGGAUACAGGACAAUAAGGAGAAAAUAAGAAUGAGGAUAAGCCUGGGCCUUCAGGGGAAAAGUACUAAAUUGUUGGAGGCCAAAUUACAAUAUUAUUAGGCAGGAGCAGGGGUGAGCAAAUUGGGAGUGGCUGUUUUUCAGUAAGUUCACAUCUGACUGGUGGGAGUCAUUCAAAGACCAGCUGCUCAGGGUUCAGGACCAACAUAUUCCCAUAAGGAAGAGUGACAAUGAUGUGAAGGCAUGGGAACCUUGGAUGGCAAGAGAGCCUUAAAUUUUGUUAAAAAGAAAGAGGAAUCUAUGUAAGGUUUCGGCAGAUGAAAUCAGACAGGGCCUCUAAGAAAUAUAAAGAAAGCACAGAAGAACUCAAGCAGGAAAAAAGGAGGGCGAGAAUGGGCCAUGAUUGAUGAGGGUAGGGCAGUGAAUGUUGUCUGCAUGGACUUUAGUAAGGCAAUUGACGAGGCUCCUCAUAGUAGGCCGAUCCAGAAGAUUAACAUGCAUGGGAUCCACAGAAACUCAGUAGUUUGGAUUCAGAGCCUGCUUAUCCAUAGAACUGUCUUACGCAUAGAUAGGGAGUAGAGGUGAAGGGGUGUAAUUCCGGCUGGAGGUCUGUGACCACUGGUGUGUUGCAGGCAUCAGUGCUGGUAUCUCUGUUGCUUUGGA